UGACAUCACGUGUUGUACAGCGCGAGCUUCAACUGAACAGUUUAGGUGGUGGUGAUGUUGGUUCUUUUGGCACGAACAGCGAGAAAAGUCUACAGAGGGAAAAAAGGAAGCUUCCAUUUCCAGUAACUGCAUCAGAUGGAGGAGAUUGACCAAGCUGUUCAGGUGUCAUCACAGGUGGGAUUUAAAUGUGAAGAGGUGGUUAUAAAAGAGAGUAGUAGUGAUCAGCAAGUGGAGAAUCCUUCAUUACACAGAGGACUGAUUUUUAUCAAUACCAUGAAGAAAAGUACUAUGGCCAUUAAGAAAGAGGACAGUGAAUGGGAAUCUGUGCACCUUCAGGAGGAGGGUCCUUGCAUUAAAAUGGAGGAUUGUGAAUGGCCAAUAGGCAUUAAAGAGGAAUCUGAGUUAACACUUUAUAAUAGUGAUAUGCAGGAAAAUGCGAUUAUAAAGUCUGUCAAGGAGGAAAAUGUUAAAUCGGAGACUUUGGAAUGUGCUAUAGUCAAAACAGAGAAAGCAUCUUGUUCAGGUCAUACUGGAGAAGAUACAGAAGAGAGUGCCAAAGUCUCCCCAUUAAAGACCAAGACAGUGGGAACAAAUAUUUUAACACCAGCUACUGUAGAGUACAGUUGCUCUGCGGAUUGUGACAGUAGGCAUCUUCAGAAAUGUGCAAGAAUUCAAACUGUAGAAAAGCCAUAUUGCUGUUUUGACUGCGGAAAACAAUUCACCACUAGUAGCAAUUUUCAAGCACACAAAAGAAAUCAUACUGGAGAGAAGCCAUACUGCUGUUCUGACUGUGGCAAACGAUUCUCAACAAGUAGUAACUUUCAGAUCCACACAAGAAUUCACACUGGAGAGAAGCCAUUUUGCUGUCCUGAAUGUGAUAAACGGUUCUCCACUAGUAGCCGUCUUAAGAUCCAUGCAAGAACUCACACUGGGGAGAAGCCAUAUUGCUGUUCUAAGUGUGGCCAACGAUUUGCUGACCGUUCCCAUCUUCAGACCCACACAAGAAUUCACACUGGAGAGAAGCCAUAUUGCUGUUCUGACUGUGGCAAACGAUUCUCCACUGGUGGCCAGCUUCAGAUCCACACAAGAAUUCACACUGGAGAGAAGCCAUAUUCCUGUUCUGAAUGUGGCAAGCAGUUCUCCACCAGCAGCCAUCUUCAGAUUCAUGCAAGAAUUCAUACUGGAGAGAAGCCAUUUUGCUGUUCAGAAUGUGGAAAACGAUUCUCUGUCAGUAGCCGUCUUCAAAGACACACAAGAAUUCAUACAGGAGAUAAGCCCUAUUGCUGUUCUGACUGUGGGAAACAAUUCCCUGACCGUUCCCAACUGCAGACCCACACAAGAAUUCACACUGGAGAGAAACCAUUUUGCUGUUCAGAAUGUGGCAAACGAUUCUUCAGCAACAGCCAUCUUCAGACUCAUAAGAAAUUUCACAGUGGAAUAAGGCCAUAUUGCUGUUCUGAUUGUGGCAAAAGAUUCUUCACGAGUAACUAUCUUCAGAUCCAUACAAGAAUUCACACUGGAGAAAAGCCAUAUUGCUGUUCUGACUGUGACAAACGAUUCUUCACCAGUAGCCGUCUUCAGUCUCACAAAAUUAUUCAUACUGGAAAGAAGCCAUUUUGCUGCUCUGACUGCAGUAAGCAGUUCUGCACCAGGAGCGGUCUCCAGAAGCACACAAGAAUUCAUACUGGAGAGAAACCAUUUUCCUGUUCUCAGUGUGGCAAACGAUUCCCUGACCGUUCCCAACUUCAUACCCAUUCAAGAAUUCACACUGGAGAGAAGCCAUAUUGCUGUUCUGAAUGUGGCAAACGGUUCUCCACCAGUAGCAGUCUUCACACCCAUACAAGAAUCCACACUGGGGAAAAGCCAUAUGGCUGUUCUGAGUGUGGCAAACGAUUCAACACCAGUGGGCAGGUUAAGACCCACACAAGGAUUCACACUGGAGAGAAGCCAUAUUGCUGUUCUGACUGUGGCAAACAGUUUUCCAGAGGCAGCCAUCUUCAGAUCCACAGAAGAAUUCACACUGGAGAGAAGCCAUUUUGUUGUACUGACUGUGGAAAAAGAUUCUCCACUCGUACAAAUUUUCAGACGCACAGAAGAAUUCACACUGGCGAGAAACCAUUUUGCUGCUCAGAAUGUGAUAAACGAUUCUCUGACAAACGCAGUCUUCAGAUCCACACACGAAUUCACACUGGAGAGAAGGAGUAAGUUAGAAGGAAGGAGUAAAAAGUAUCUGACAUAGUUACCCUCUUAACUGCUCAGAUCUGACUUCAUACUUUCAUGUGGUGAGCUUUGUUAUACAGUUACUAUACCAAAUGUCAUUCAGGCAAACCUUGUGUCAUAGUAUGAAAUGGAUCCAAAAAAGAAACACAUACCAGCUUUCACUUCUCCCAGAACAAAGUGCCUACCUCCGACUACACAUUAAUGUAGGUGGUGAAGGUAGUCUUAUUUCACAGGCAUUAUUACUAUGUAAACAUAUGUUCAAGCAAGAACAUAAGAGGGUAAGCUACUGUCCAGUAAUCAUUUGAGGACAAGCUUGUGUAUUGCUGUUUUUACACAAUGACCUCUUUAGUUUGAAAGUCCAGACAUGCCAUUGGUCUGGGACGUGGGUGAAAUUCAGAAUAAUAUUACAGCUACCCAAAUCAAGUAUGUGUACCAAUGAAAACUAAAAAUAUUUUAUUUAGAGGAAUCAAUGAAAGAAAACAAUCAGCAUGCCAGAAAGUAGAAUCUUUUAGAAAAAUACCAAAAGAAAAAAGGAUGAAAUGCUGAAGCUAAGGAAAAUAGGGGCUUAGGAAGGAGCUUGGGAGGAAGUGGAUCUCAUAUGGUGUAGUAUUUAUGCAAAGCAUUUCUCAAAUAAUUAUACACUGAGUAGUAAAGAGUGAGACGUCGAGUGGGAACUUGAAGGGCUGGUAAGCACAGCAGAAGGAAAGCGACAAUGAAGACAUACAUACAAAGUAAUCUUUUCUGAAAGUGAUUCCACCACACUUCACGAAAGAAACUGAAAUGUUCAGAGGAGAGAUGCACAAGACGUGAGCAAAGUCGUUUUGAGCCUAGCCUAUUAAGACAACCAAUAGUAAAAAUUAACACGCUUUACUUUCUGAUAUAAUGCCAGUAUACACUUGUUAUACUGUUAGUGUGUAGUGAUGAGUGAAAUGUUUUUCUUUCAAGAAAGAAAAAAUCAUAAAAGAAAUGUUUAAUUCCUGCCGGAGAGUGUUUUCAUGCAUUAAUUCGACAUGUGUCUGCGUAUUGUUUAGUAUUUAAAUAAAGAU